AUGAUAGGCUUGCCUGAAGAAACAGUUUAUGCAGCUGAAGCAAGCAAUAAGCAUGGACAACUAAGCCAUCACAGGCCAGGAACAAAGAUCUCAUCAUCAAACACACCAUGGUUUCGCCACAUAGCAAACUUCCUUGCAGCUGAAUACCCACCACCAAACUUCUUUGGCUACAGAAAGAAGAAAUUCCUGCGUGAUGUGAGAAGUUCUAGCUAUGCAGGCCACUUUGCCACUUACAAGACAGUAUCCAAGGUCCUACAAGCUGGAUUUUGGUGGCCAACUAUGUUUAAGGAUGCUCAUGCAUUCAUAUCAAGAUGUGAUGCUUGCCAAAGAAUGGGAAAUAUAAGCAAGAGGAAUGAGAUGCCACAGAACUUUAUACUAGAAGUUGAAGUUUUUGAUGUUUGGGGCAUUGACUUUAUGGGACCCUUCCCAACCUCUUUUGGUGACCAAUACAUUCUAGUGGCAGUUGAUUAUGUCUCCAAAUGGGUGGAAGCCAUCGCCAGCCCUACUAAUGACGCACAAGUGGUCAUCAAGAUGUUUAAAUCCAUCAUUUUCCAAGUUGCCUCUCCUUACCACCCUCAAACUAGUGGACAAGUUGAGAUCUCAAACAGAGAACUCAAGAGCAUACUUCAGAAGACAACAGGCAAGACAAGGAAGGAUUGGAGUGCCAAACUAGAUGAUGCUCUAUGGGCAUACCGCACUGCCUUCAAAACACCACUUGGUACCACCCCCUUUCAUCUUGUUUAUGGUAAAGCAUGUCAUUUACCUGUGGAGCUUGAGUACAAAGCAGCUUGGGCUAUUAAGGAGUUGAACUUCAACCUAAAGACAGCAGGAGAAAGAAGAUUGAUUCAGCUAAAUGAGCUUGAUGAGAUUAGGCAUCUAGCUUAUGAGAAUUCAAAGAUCUAUAAGGAGAGAACCAAAGCUUUCCAUGACCGCAAGAUCAUCCCAAAGAACUUUGCGCCAAACGACCAAGUUCUACUAUUCAACUCAAGGUUGAAACUCUUUCCAGGAAAGCUUCGCUCAAGAUGGUCAGGACCAUUCAGGAUUAAAGAAGUUCGCCCCUAUGGAGCAGUGGUACUAUGGGACCCAAUGGGAGGAGACUUUACAGUCAAUGGACAAAGGUUAAAACCCUACCUAGCUUCCACCACAAUACCACAGGAGACCACACUCGCGCUUGGCGACCACCAGAUCCUUAAGGAAGUGCCAUACAGUCAAGCUAAUGACUUUAAACAAAGCGCUGAAUGGGAGGCAACCCAUUGA